AUGAUCCAGAACUGCAAGUCGGACAGGAGGAGACAUAGAGGUCUGGAUGAGAAUCAUGGUGGGGAGUAUGCUGCCUAUAGGAACCUGAUUGAGAAUUUCAUCACAGCUCUCAGAACCUGUGAGAUCACUCCAUACGUGGUUCUGGAUGGAGGUUUUGAUGUAACUGAUAAAAAGGUGGAAACAGCAGUGAAGAGAGCUAAAGUUCGGAUCCACAGAAGCCACCGAGCAAGUGAGACUGGUGAGCUGAAGAACAUCCUCCCUAAGCUGGCAGAGAUGGUCUUCAAACAGACAUUGGCAUAUCAGAAGGUUCCGGUGGCCCAGUACAUCGGAGAGUCAGACCAAGAGAUAACGGCCCUGGCCGCUGAAUGGCAGUGCCCGGUUCUUUCCAACGACAGUGACUUCUACAUCUUCAACCUACCAGCUGGUCUUCUGCCCAUCUCUGGUUUCCAGUGGAAGGAGGUGAAACAGAGCGGUUCUCAGAGCUACAUCUCCUGUAGGAGAUACUACACCUCCAGCUUCUGUGCCUCCUUUGGACUCCAGCACCAGCUCAUGCCGACCUUUGCCGCCUUGGCUGGUAACGACUAUGUGAAGCUGAGAGGGAUCAACUGGGUUCAGUUUGUCCCAGCAGGCAGGGAGACCUCCAGCCGCCUGGAGGGGCUGGUCUGCUGGCUGAAGAAGUUCCAGGACCCUCAGGAUGCCUUGGAGGAAGCCCUGGUCCUGAUGGGAGAACUGAGCGAGAAGAAGAAGAAGGAGGUCCUGGAAACACUGCAUCUGGGGAUGGAGUUCUAUCAGCCAUGUCGGAGCUCUCUGAGCAGGUUCUUCCUUCAUGGAGCACCGCCUCAGUUCCCAGCACUGGAAGAGGAAGCCAGAGUACCUGGUGAAACCCCAUGCAUGACCUCCAAGCCACUCCGACAGGUGAUGUAUGGGCUGCUGCUGGGCAGAGAGAAGUCAGCUCCGGUGGAGGAGCUUGACAAACGGGAUCUGGAGCUGAUAAGAAGCCCAGUGGAACCAAAGUUCACCAGACUCAGUGAGAGGCUGAGACUCUCCUCCCUGCAGGAGGUGGCGCUCUCUGACCGUCUGAAUGUCUUACUGGAAGCUCUGGGAGUGACCGAGGAGUCUCUGAGGCUCCUGCCGCCUCAGCUGAAAUUCCCAGUAGCCAUCACCUGCUACUGGCUGCAGAGAGCUCAGCCUCCUCCAGAUCGCAGCCCGCUGAAGGCGCAGCUGCUGGGAAUGAGCAACGGGAACAUGAGAUCCAGAACAGCUUUGCAAACAGAACAGAACCAGAAGCCAGAUCGGAAUGUGGCUCACGCCUUCAAGCAGUGGCAGGCUUGUCUGAAGGACAGCAUCCGUCUGAACCAGCUACUGGGCCACCCUCUGACUGAACCAGAUGUUGCAAGGUUAUAUCAGGGGACGCUGGUCCACCAGCUGGUCCACAUGAUUAGGACCGGUGGAGACCUGAAGACCUUCCUGAAGAGCGACAGGCCCAGUGUGAAGCUGUACCGAACCAUGCUCUCCAUGGUUCUCCAGUUCCAUGCUCAGCAGCUGUCGGUGCCCUCAAAGAACCAUCAGAAAGUGACGACCGAUCAGCAGCAGAAGCAGAGUCUGAAGGACCUGAGCACCGACCUGCAGCAGCUGUUCCUUGUGCACCAAGAUGAGGAGACAGAAAAGGAAGCUCAGGCAGCGAUCACAGCACAGGAGGAGCUGCAACUGGAGGAGGAACUUCUGGUGAGAACACGGUACAGAACCAAGGAGAGGAGCAACAGGUGUAAGAAACCAGAACUGGCCCGUAAGGAGGAAUGUCGGGGCAGGGACCUCCUCUGAUGGAGACACUAGUGCAGACCUCCCUCUGAACAUUGCUGAUCUUCUCCUGAACCAUUUCUACUGCUGAGGGUUCUACAGGGAGCUUUAAUUGGUUUUUCUGGGUUUCUCUGAGUGGUGGAGCUGCUGCUCCACACACUUUAUUCUUCUAUGAAAAAUAAACCAUCAGGGCGCGGCGCUGGUGAUGUAGGGGUUAAACACGGGACCACAUAUAGAGGUUAUAGUCCUCGAAACAGCCGUCCCGGGUUCAAGUCCCGGACCCGGUGACCUUUGC